AUGGCCGAUAUACAACCUCAAUUAAACGACAGAAGUCGUUCAAGCUAUCUCUUCAGCUUCUUCUGGAGGCUUCUGAUUACACUCAUUAUCCUCUUUGGCCUCAUAAUCUUUAUCUUCUAUCUCAUUCUUCUACCCCGGCCCUUCAAGUUCUACGUCACAAACACCCAACUAACGCAAUUCGACUACACAAACAACACACUACACUAUAACAUGGUGCUCAACUUCACAGCCCAUAACCCAAAUAAAAGACUCAGCAUCUAUUACGACAAAGUUCAGGCUCAAGCUUUCUACGAAGGGUCAAGGUUCGCGAAUGUCGAUUUGAUCACCAAAUAUGUGAACUCGUUUCGCCAACGGAAGAAGAUGAGUGACCCCAUUAAUGGUGUUUUCUCUGGUCAACAACUUUUGAUGCUUAACAAUGAUCAAGUCUUGGAAUUCAAUAAAGAGAAGAGUGAUGGAGUUUAUAGUAUUCAUAUGAAGCUCUACUUCAGAAUAAGGUUCAGACACGGAAUCUCAAUAUCUCAUAUCUACAAGCCCAAGGUCAAAUGUGACAUUAAAGUUCCAUUGAGCUCUAGCAAUAGUAAAAAUAUAGAAACAUUUACCUUCACUCAGGUUUUGACGAACAAGUGCAAAGUUGUGUUAGGUCCUACUUAUUAA